AUGGAGCUCGACAACACUUCAACGCCCCUCGACUGGGCACCAACAACGGAAUUUGCAGGCCCCGAGGUCGAGCAAUUCGCCAAUGCCCUCGAUGACUGCCUGACCGGACGCGCACCCGGAUACGAUGCUCGUGAGCGCCUGCUUGCGCUGCCGCGCAUAUUCCACAAGAACGCGACGCAGCGUCUGGCGAAACUGCGACCUGGGAGGCUGCGGACGGGCGAUGACAUGGACAUGGACACGGACGAACUGGACAAUGAGAUCUCGCAGGACACUGAGGCCGAGAUACAACGACUAGAAAAGGAGGUUCAGACGUGGGAUCUACUGCAACGAGUGCUUCCGCUACGAUACUCCGAUGCCGAGAACGAGUCACACGUUGCGCGCUUGGAACGGGUGGCAGACAAACCCAGCCGUGCGACGACGCUGGAAUCCUUCUUCGAGAGCGACCCGACUGCCCGCGAGCGAAGGGCCGUCCUCCAGUGGCUGCAGACCAGCGCGGCUUCGGGCCCCGAUAUCGACGAGAUGACGCGUGAGCUGCAGCGGAAUGCGGAUCGAGGCGAUAUCAUUGCACAUGGCUGGCUGCACACACGCUCUGCAAUCAAGAUGAAGAAGAGCGUCACGGGCUGGUCGCAAUUACUAGACCAGCAGCCUGGGAACGGCACCUCCAACCAUCUGACCUCGUCGAGCGAACCCAUGGUCACACAGCUCGACCCCGAUGCGUGCACGCGACAGGGGCGCAAGCUACAGCCCCAAGACGAGUAUUUUGAGCGCGCCAUCUGGCUGGGCUGCUUCGAGCAUCUGCGUCGGGGCAGCACUGCGGCUACGAUCCAGGAAUGGUGCCAGGAGCGGACAGAGGUGUGGCGUUCCGUCUCCAUGUCAGGCUUGCUCCUACCAGCACAAGACGGCAAUGAAGCGCCCACCGAUCUGAGUGAGAGCUCGUUGGUGCUUUGGCGGCGCAUGUGCUAUGCGCUAGCAACGCAGGGCGGGACGAGUGACCAUGAGCGCGCGGUGUACGGCGUGCUCUCCGGAGACAUUGAGAGCGUGGAGAAGGUGGCCAGGUCCUGGGACGAUCUCCUCUUCGCUCAUUACAACGCCCUUCUGCGCACGCAGCUGGACUCUUUUCUUUUGAACCAAUGCGCGGGAGGAGAGGCGGCGCAUCUCACACAGACGUUCCCUUCGCUGAACGCCGUGUCGGUGCACGGCGAAGAGGCUGGCGUGGAGAAGCGUCUGGUCAGGCAGCUCGCAGCUCGCCCCUCUGUAGCCGACGAGGCGAAGGAGCCCACCAAGGCGUUGCAGGCUUCCAUAGUUGCGAAUGAGUUGCAUCAAUACCUGUCCGAGCAGGGUCGGCACCUUGCCUCCCCGACCCGCGGUCUCGAUCAGCCACAAUACUUUCAGCACGCGCAGACCGAUGGGUUGCGGAUUAUCGCGCACGUUUACGUGCUUCUUUCGCUGCUUGAGGAUGUGACGGCAAAAUCUAUUCAGCAGCGCAAAACGGAAGACGAGAUCAAAGCGCAAGAAACGAUUGUCGCAUGGUAUGCCGGGUACCUGCUUCGACAGCAGCUGCAAGAGCUUAUACCAUUGUAUUCUUGUGUCUUGACGAUACCACGGAGAUACGAGGUGCUGAGCGAGAAUCUCAUCGAGGAGGAGGAGACAGAACGCCGAAUCACGCUUCUCAAACUAGCUCGCAAGGCCAACAUUGACAUAAUGGAGUAUGUCAGGACGCAGGCAAAUAUCUUCUACCAGAAGGUCACCGAGUCGCCGACAGCAACCAAGGGGGCGCCAGCCGUGUUCCGGAUUCUGGAGGAGAGCACGCCCGAUUCCCAGUCUGGACAGUUCAUCAAGGCGGACUUCCUCGGUGAUGACGAAGAGCAGCUCGCCGAUGCUCUGGAUGAGUAUCUCGUGCGGUCCCUGGAGUGGCUGUUGCUCGUCGACGAAGCGUGGCCAGAUGUCUUCAGCAUGGGUGUGAAAGCCUUUGUGUUCUUUUUGCGCAACAUGCAUCUCGACGCAGCAAGGCGGUUGAUGAAGAGCAUAUCGUUCAGCGCUAUUCUGGCGGAGCGCUUCGGAGUAGAAGACGAGUCCAUGGCCAACAGCAUUGAGUUCUGGGCUGAGCAGCUGGAAGGGUUGCCUGGUAAUGUGCAGACAUCGCCUCUUCAGGUCAUGACCGAUGCGCAAAAUUUCCGUGAUCUGGGUCAUCUGGUGCAGGCGCUGGAUAGCCUGGAGACGACUGGGGCAUUUGCUACCAUUGCCGGAGAUGCCGAUGUCAACACAAAAGCAGCUCAAUGGCGUCCGGAGCUCAUCAACGCCGUCAAGGUCACAAAGGAGAGCAUGCAGCCGUUGCUGCACAACUGGAUGCUUGCCAGCAUCCAGGACGGCAACGAAGCCCUGGCCGAGAUCCGCCAGAUGUACCUCCCCGAGACGAUUCUGGCCUAUGUCAAGUCCCUGCACUUUGCAGGCACGCGCCUGACGAGGGACUAUCUCCUGGAAUGCAUGGAGCUCGCGACAAUCAUCACAGAGCGCGACGCCGACCUAGAAGCCACCUUUGUCGAGGCGAAACGUGUCAGGGAGCUUCUCGAGGCGUUUGCCGCCAGCAGCAAGGCGCUGGCUAUGGCGCCAGGGGAGAGGACGGGCGCGCCGACAAAGGCGGGAGCCAAGAAGCUACGGGAGAAGGGCGCGACGCCACCCGUGCCGCCUCCCAAACCAGGGAGCCAUGAAGCCAGCGGCGUCAAUACGCCAGCUCUCCCCACAACAGCAGACGGUCGGCAGCCACCUGCUGCACAUGCGCCGCCGAGGCAGCAGGUCCCCGAUCCUGGAGAAGGGUGGUUGCCGCAGAUGCUACAGGACAAGUCGAAACAAGACAUUGCCGCCAUACUAGCCGACCAGAAACUACUCAACGCCCUGACCAACGCGCCCCAGACCAUCCACCCCAGCCUGUCAUCGUCCCACGAAACGCUACAACAAGCGCUCAAAGACAACAUUGCGUUGGCGAACCACGUGUCGCAGUUAUCGACACAACUGUCCCAUCAAAGAGGCGCGACGCAGGCGCAGCUGCUCAGCACCCAUGCGCUGGAGCGGACGUGGCGGGCGAAGGAGGCGGAGAUGGACAAUGCGCUCGCCCCGUUCGCCCCGGCGCGGCUCUACCAGCAGCUGAGCCAAGGGGUCAACGAGCAGGGACAGGUUUGCUCGGCCAUGGAGGAGAGCUUUCUGGAGAGCGAGGAUGGCGAGCUGGCGGAGAGGGAGGUUGCGGACUGGGUGCGUCGGGGGGCCAAGAUGCUGUCGUGUGGUAUAUAUUAUGCAUGGUGUGUGUAUAUAUGGGGUAUUGAUACGCUGGGUGAACUAUCUCAAUGUGCUAAAUGGGCUCUUCGCCAUGUCCGGGCUGCGAGGGCUGAUGGGUAG